CUCCAACCACUCACAGAGAGGCAGACCUAGUUGACAGCCUCAACACAGGCAGACAAAUAGAGAAAGCGCGUGAGCACGAGUCAGGAAGAGCGCGAAAGAAGGAGUACCAAAGACCACACACCCAAAUAAAAGAGAAAAACGGUUGCAGAGGAGGGAAAAUUCCAGGUCAAAGCCCAGUGCAUGGUCAGUGAGAUCAAUUUAACUUGCAACCCUGCAUUUGUUUUCUCAAGGGAUAUCAUCAGGCUUCAGUGAAUUGCCAGUGGAGUGAACAAGUGAGUAGCCAUCCAAGUUGUUCUACCUUUGCCAUCUGUGGCUUGGCUCCUUGUUGAACGGUCAGACUGUCAGAGCUGCUAUAGACCCGGUGCUGCCUGCAGAGAUGGACGCAGAUGCCAAGGACAAGGAGAGGAAAACCAAGAUCCAGUUCUCAGUCCCGUCCGCUGUGCCCCUUCAGCUGGACCCGCGACAGGUGGAGAUGAUUCGGAGGCGGAGACCAACACCCGCUACGCUAUUCCGUUUGACAGACCAACCAUCUCCUGAGGAGGAAAACGACAAUUUCCAGUGGGUCAUUGGGGAAAAUGGCGUCCUCACCAAGAAAAUCAAUGCGCAUGUGUACCAGCCUCCAUCACUCAAAGCCGUACAGAGGAUGGCUCAAGCCCGCAUGAAGUCUUUGGGAACCUGUGACCCCGAAGAGACAGAUGACUUCUCUGGGGAGGAAAGCGUGGACUGUGAGGAGAGCCUGGAUAUAUCCCCUGUCUCCACCACUGGGUCAAGGGUCAAUUCAGAGGGAAGAAUUGCCCACUUUCUUCACCUGAGAGUGCCGCACGGAGAGGAGGAAGAGGAGCUGGAUGACGAGGAGAAGAGGGAAAAAGGUGGACCAAGGAGGACAAAGAAGAAGGGGGAAUAACAGAGCGCUGUGUGUUACAGAGAGGAGAUUCAGAUUCUGUGGCAAAAGAUGAAUGAUGAUCCAGAGUGAUGUUUCCUAAUUAUUAUAUGAAGAGCGUGGAGAAAAUAUCUAAAUACGUGUGUGUGCGUAUGUGUGUGCAUUUGUGCAGUUGUGUGUGUGCUUGCUUGCAUUCAUGUGUAUGUGUGUGUGUGCCAGUGGAGGCUCCUCAGAGGAGGAAGGGGAGGACCAUCCUCCUCAGUGAAUUUUAUAAAAAUGUAAAUUGUAAAACAUUUAAAAAGUUAGUAUUUUUAGAUUAAACUAUACUAAACACAAUCACGUCAAUUGAUUAAAACACACUAUUUUGCAAAGAAGGUCUCCAGUAGCCUCAACAGCACUCUGUAGGGUAGCACCAUGGUGUAGCCAGAAGACAGCUAGCUUCAGUCCUCCUCUAGGUACAUUGACUUCAAUACAAAACCCAGGAGGCACGUGUUCCUCACCCCCGUCCAUAGACUUACACAGUAAUUAUGACAACUUCCGGAGGACAUCCUCCAGCCUAUCAGAUUUCUUGCAGCAUGAACUGACAUGUUGUCCACCUAAUCAAAGAAUCAGAUAAUUAAUCUAGUACUGAAAUCAUAAGCAACAGCUAGCUAGCACUGCAGUGUAUAAAAUGUGGUGAGUAGUUGACUCAAAGAGAGAGAAAGACAAUAGUUGAACAGGUAUGAAAACAUGAAUUUCUUCCAAAAUGAAGGAGAAGCAAGAGAGAAAUAGAGAGAGAUUUUGACAUUUUUUGUUCACUUUCAGUUUCACUAAGUUAGCAAAUGCAGCUAGCUAGUUUAGCCUACUGAAGCACACUGUUCAAACAGAGGGAUGCUAUGUUAGCUAGCUGGCUAUGACUAUCCAAUACAACACUGGAACUCUUCCAAGUCAAGGUAAGCUUUUGGUAUUACUAAUUUAUUGCCACCAGGGCCCUGUACACUAACGUUACUGCGUGAUUGUAGCGGAUUUACUAAAGGGUUGGUUCUAUUAACCUCUUACAUCUAGACGUUCCGCUAGCGGAACACCUGCUCCAAUAUCCAAUGAUAGGCGUGGCGCGAAUUACAAAUUCCUCAAAAAUACAAAAACUUCCUUUUCAAACAUAUGACUAUUUUACAGCAUUUUAAAGACAAGACUCUCCUUUAUCUAACCACACUGUCCGAUUUCAAAAAGGCUUUACAGUGAAAGCAAAACCCAUUUUUCAAGCUAGCAUAUAAUGUCACAAAAAACUAAA